AGAAAUACCGACUUUUGUUGCUCAGUUGAAUACGCUGUUCUGUGGACAAACGUAGCAUGACUACAAAAUGGCCAAUAGUGGAGAUGAAUUGGAGGCAGACCAGGCUACUGCACGGAAACAUUUCAAAAUUAUGCAGUUUGUAAUGGAAUGUGGUCUAAAGCUUCAUCUGCGUUCGGUGACACUUGCCACAGCUUCAAUAUUGUACCAUAAGUUCUUUCAAAAUUGCAGUCUGGAUGAGUAUGACCCUUAUCUCAUAGCAACUGCUGCCAUCUAUCUUGCUGGCAAGGUUGAAGAACAGCACCUUAAAGUGCGAGAUGUUGUAAAUGUGUGUUACAGAAACGCCAAGACCCCAGAUCCUUGA